AUGUCCCUAUCUGGCUGGAUAUGUGUGGUCACAGGUGCCUCGAGAGGCAUUGGGAAAGGAAUAGCACUGCAGCUUUCGGAGGCAGGCGCCACUGUCUACAUCACCGGACGUCAGGAGAAGACCCUUAAAGAAACUGCAACACAGGUAAACGAGAGGGGUGGAAAGUGUGUACCAGUCAUCUGUGAUUCGACCAGAGAUGACGACAUCGAAAACCUGUUUGAACGCAUAAAACAGGAACAGCGCGGUAGACUGGACCUCUUGGUAAACAACGCAUACGCAGGAGUACAGGCUAUCUUUGAGAACCAGGAUAAAAAAUUCUGGGAAUCCGAUCCAUCCAUGUGGGAUACAAUGAAUAACGCAGGCCUGCGAAGCCAUUAUAUCUGCUCAGUGUAUGCGUCCCGUAUGAUGGUGGCUCGAGGUCAGGGUUUAAUCGUCAACAUCUCAUCCAUGGGAGGGCUGCGGUAUCUCUUCAAUGUGCCAUACGGUGUUGGGAAAGCGGCAUGUGACCGCAUGGCAGUAGAUAUGGCUAUGGAGCUGCGGAGCAGGGGAGUGGCAUCAGUCAGCCUGUGGCCUGGACCAGUGAAGACAGAGCUAAUAACUCAGAUGGUGCUUGCAGAUGAUGCACCUGAAGAAGCAGAUUCCGAGUAUAAGGAUAUAUUUGCUAAUGGAGAAACCACUGAAUUUAGCGGCUUGUGCAUCGUCAACCUGGCUAAAGAUAAAAACCUGAUGUCACUGAGUGGAAAAAUUCUCAUGACUUGUGACUUGGCAAGGCGUUAUGGGAUCCAAGAUAUUGAUGGGCGGGGUAUAGUAGAUUUUACCACCCUCAAGUUCUUGCUGACCCAAGUGCCAUACGUCUCCUGGCUCUCAUCUUUUGUCCCUUCUUUCAUAAGAAUGCCACGCUUUCUGCUUCCCCUACUAAGCAACCAUUUCUAA